UACAGAUAUCGUGUAGCUGAAAAGCCUCCCCUUCAUGCACAGUUUCUUGAAGCAAUCAAAUCACUCCCUGCAUCCUACGAUCCAGACGCCUACCGCAACCUGAUCACCACAUAUGGCACUCACUAUAUCAAAGAUGUCAAGUUAGGGGGGCAAAUGAAAGCCAUAACAGCCUUCAAAACCUGUCAGGCAACAGUGAAUGGGCUUACAGACACUGCGGUAAAAGACUGUUUGGAUGUAGAAGCCUCUGGUUCAUACAACGUAGCAACUGUGAAGGUAGAGGCACAUUUUUGUGAAGAACAGAAAAGGAAGAUGGGGACAAAUCAAAAGUUCAGCACCAUGUUCAGUGAGCGCGAGACAGAGAUUAUCGGAGGAAAAAUAAAUGGUGAAGAUCUUCUUUUUUCUGGUUCAUCACAUCCAAAUUCCCUUAAAAACUGGCUUGAGUCUCUGAAGAGCCUCCCUGAUAUUGUGCAUUACUCUCUGAAACCCCUCCAUUCCUUACUGAGUACUGAACACCCUGCCUGGAAAGGACUGAAGAGAGCUGUUGAAAAAUACAUAAUUGAAAAUGCCCUCAUGAAGGUUUGCUCUGAGCCUUGCAAUAUUGGCAAGAAGGGCAGUGCAAGAGACCGAUGUGCUUGUGUUUGUGAAAGCAGUCAAAUUAUAAAGUCUAACUGUUGUCCAGCUGAAAAAGGACUUGCCACCCUGAAAGUUUACAGUCUCAGAGCCAAAGGUCUGUAUGGAGAUGUAUUUACUCAAACAGAUGGUGCUGUAUCGGUCACAUAUGGCACGCAAAUUAAGCGCACUGAGACUAUUAAUGAUGAUAACGAUCCAAAUUGGCCAGAAACAUUUGAGUUUGGUCCUAUUAAGAUCAGCAUGGCCAAUAAACUAACUUUUGAAGUUUAUGAUGCAGACACCUAUUGGAACAGUGAUCUCCUCGGUUCAUGCUCUUUUGAUCUUAGAAGUGGAGUUGUGAAUGACAGUUGUGUUUUUAAAUAUGGCACCUUCUUUUUUACCUAUGAAGUGAAAUGUGCUCCCAGUCUAGGGGGCCCACAGUGUAAUGAACACAAACCUUCUCCAAUGGCUGCCCCUCUGGCUGACAUUUUCAGCUCAAGAAAUGGGGUUCUGGUUAAAGACAUGCCCAGACUUGAAUCAGCUCACAAUUUCUCAAAUAAAUUCAAGAGCGCUUGUGGAAAACGGAUAAAGCUGUAGGAUUUUAGUAGGAUCUUAAAUCAGGCCUUGUGCAUUAAAGCCAUAAUCUUGGAAAGCUUGCUAAUAAUUUGAAAUGCCUAAAAUGCUUAAGCAUAAACUUUUCUCACUUAUUUUUAUUUCAAUUACUUUUCUUUGUAUUUUGUUUUAUUAAAGCAUUCACAAAACCUGAUCUGUGUGAUUUAUUUAUUUUUUGGGAAGAAAUUUUCUUAAAACUAUAGGGCUGCUCAAUUUUGGCAAAAUCAUAAGAUUAUUUUGCUCAAUAUUGAAAUCACAGUUAUUUAACAUGAUUAUAGGUGGGUGAUAUGAUCAAAGUUUUAUUUCAUGAUAUGAGUUAUUUUAAAUGUCAGUGAAAUUUCACAAUUAUCAGUACUUCAGAAAAAACGAAUACUAGGUUAAUUAAUGUAAGUAAAAGUCCUCAAAACAGUUACAGAAGACAAGUAAACAGUCAGUAAUACAAUAAGAACAAAGAAACUAAAUGACAAAGAAAAGUGACAAAAAAUACAACAGAACAAAAAUACAAAUUAAAUAAUUCUUUAGAUUUUUCAGGAAGAUGAACUUACAGUGGUAUUCCGAUAAUAGCCUACAACAGACAUUGAAUAAAGUAAUCAAAUGUAAAAUAACACUGCUGUAUACAUUAAAAUAGACUUGUCCUUAUUAAAACUGCAGUUUAUUCAUUCAAGAGCAGUGAGUGAUUUUAUCUUUGUCUUUUGUUGUUUGAUUAACAUUAAUGACUGCAGCAGAUUUAUUAGGCUGCUGCUCCUUUACCCUCGGACCCAAUAUACUGUUAUACAGACACUCUUUCUCAGUGUUUACAUUUACUUAAGACGUAACCGACUGUGUUUAAGAGGAAACUGUAGCGAUAUUAGCUCAAAAUAAAUAUGAUAAUUAAUCAUGACUAGUUAUAAUUAUGAAUAUUUGGAUCAGUUAAUAAAAUUAACUUAAUGUAAUAAAAUUAAUAUUACAAUCAAUUAACCUGUUCAUCCAGUGAACACUCAGUGUUAAUUGUUUAUUAAUUCUAAGAAAUGCUCCUUUCCAGGUUAUGGGAAACAACAUUCUUAUAGUACGGUACUACUGAUCAUUUAAAAGGCAAUCUAUUCACAGACGGGAGUCAGAACCAAAUAUGUAUUGUGCACAAGUUUUAUUAACUAAAUCACGAACACAUAGCUAACUAACAAACACAAACAUACAUACACACAAGUCACACAUAAACAUGUAAAAUGAUAAAUGAUAGAGUGAAACCGGAAGUGCGAAACAGUAGGAGCUACGAAGAAACCAAAAACCAGGAAAAGAAUCAUCAGUAUUCAUCAUAAAAAUUGCAGUUUUGGUCAGAUCAACAAGAGAGAGAGAGGGAGGAACACUGUGCACUGGCUUUUAACCUCUGGUGCUGGACAUUCCCCCUCUGGGUCAGUGGACCAAUGAUACAUGAGCUCCCGACAGGAAAGUUUACGAUCCUUUGUGUCUCUAGCAGGGGAUCUGCACGUUAACUGGUUAAGUUGUUUUGAAGAAACUAUUAAAGAUUUUUGUAAUACGGAUAUGUUGCACAGAUAUCGACACCCUAUACACGAACAUUCAAAUCUUCAAAAUACAAACUCAUAGACACCAAACUUGGUAUAGGUGAGUUUACGUUAACCAUUGGUUCUUAUCAUAAAAUUAUGCAUAACAAUACUGAAUUCAAAAACCAGAGAUAAUACACAAACAGUAAUCAUGGAUGCCAUGUCCUAUGGAUAUGUAUGUUCAUUCAUAGAACAGCCUAUGCAGGAAAGUCUGUUUUGAGAGUUUUCUAUGUGUCUCUUUGUCUCUGCUUUUCCACGUGGCAACACACACAUACUUCAGGGCAAUAAAACUAAGGCUGGUCUUCUCUUGGGAUGGGGACAGACCCCAGAGUAAGUUUUAAACAAUUAUUUGUUAAAUAUAACAAAUAAUUGUGUCUGAUUUGUCUCAGUCGUUACAUAAUCCCCCCUUUCGAUCGUUGCUGUACCUCUUAUAGCAAAAGCGAGCGACGUUGAAGGUGCCGAAAGAUCAGACACACCACUGGCACACAAGGCUGGAAGGCCGUGAUGGGCUCUGGUUGUAUGUCUCUCCUGGAGUGGUGGUCGUUCCAUGGCGGUUGAUGUAGACAGCAGACAAGCUCAGGUCUCUAAGCUGGUGCUGCAGGCGUCGAGGCAGCCAGUGCCUUAACAGUCUGUCACCUGUCACCCCAAAGUCAGUUAGUUUGGGUGAGAUGUUUGCUGGUGGUUGCAGGAAGUGGUUAGGGCACUGUGUAGCAUGAAAAGGGUUUCAGACUGAUCUAGUGCAGGUGGCAGGAGGUCAGCAGGUGUUUGUUGGCCUCUGUUAACAAAAGUCACAAGAAGUUUGAAGGUUGGAGUGUUGCUCUGCUUUUGUGGCAGUGCCAACAUGAGCUUGCUUGAGCUCUGUUGGGCAAGGAGUCGGAAGCUUGUACUUCACUGUAUUCUUCGGGUGAGUCGUGUUCAGGGAGCUGUUUUGCUCGUGUCCACAGCUUCUGUUACUCUGAGGCAGACGCGUCCAGUUGUCCUGUGGUAUUUGCAGGUUGAGGGUGCUGUCUUCCAUGACUUCUCCCAGGGCUUGGCUGGUACCUGUGCUGUUGUCAUGGUGACAGUUCUGUGCUGGUCUGUGAGGCUUUGAUCACAUGUCUGCUCCUUGCAGGACUCUGAUCUGUUAUGUGAGGUUGUUUACCUUCUGUUUUCAGCUCCAUGAGCUCGGCUAUGGAGAUGAUACUCUUGAUCAGCCCAGUGUGGCUGUAACUCUGGCUUGUCGUUGGUCCUCUCCUCUCAUUGUCCAGUUGCGUUUGGCUCUGGUGCUGUCGGUCGUCAGCAGCCAUGAUGGCUUGUCAGUCUUUUGGGUCUCCCGUCUGGGAGGUUAAGCAGAGCAUCUGCAACAUUUUGACAUACUUGUGGUGAGAGAAAGGGUGAGGAACUAAUGCAUGACCCUAAAGAAUUCAUAGGCAGUGGAUGAGCUAGGAAUAUAACAUCCAGCUUGUUGUUUCAGGCAUAGCUCGCUAGUGAAGCGUGCCUUCUAUGCUCACGAUCUUAGCUAUGGAUGCUAGGAUGCUAAGGUUUGCGUGGUUUUGAGAAUGUUUCUUGAAAGGCAUAAGCCGAGAUUCAAUAAAUGACCGAAGAUGGUUCUUAUGGUCAAUUAUUUCUCAGAAUCUCCUGAUGAUGGCUCACAACAGGCUUGAUCUCUGAACAAAUGAAACAGAGGGAGAGAAAAAAAAGGAAGGGGAGAACUUUCCUAUUAGAUUGCGUUUAUUAGUGGUGCUCAAAACUAUGCCAGAGCAAUCGUUUAGAUUACCUUUGUAGCUGGCUCAUAAAAUUGAUGAAUCAAAGCUCAAAAAUCAAAGCUUGUUUAAGCAUACAUAGUUACGUCUGUCUUGUGCAUGAAUACUGACGUUCCUUUCAGGAGUGAAACACAGUCUUGGUCACCAGGUAGCUAUGCUUGUAGAUGCAGCUAAUGUUUAGAUGAAUUACAUCAAUUUAACUAUAAUUUCUGAGGUGGUUACACUGUAGAAAGCUGCAGAAAGGUGAGCAUCACCAAAAUCUACAUUUCAUAUAACACUGCACUGAGAUUUACUCAUCAGAAACAGGUUAAGCAAUACUGCAAUUGGGAUUUUUUUUUUUCAACCAAUGCAGGCUAAUCAAUUCUGGUGCAGUUUAAAUGCCGCUGAGUUGAAAUUCUUUGUCAAAACAGACUUAUGCUUUAUAGUAGGUAACUAUAAAAACAACUAUAGUAGGUAACAAUUUGAGCUACAGUAGCUCGUCUGUUGGAUCGGACCACACGGGCCAGCCUUCGCUCCCCACGUGCAUCAAUGAGCCUUGGCUGCCCAUGACCCUGUCGCCGGUUCACCACUGUUCCUUCCUUGGACCACUUUUGAUAGAUACUGACCACUGCAGACCGGGAACACCCCACAAGAGCUGCAGUUUUGGAGAUGAUCUGACCCAGUCAUCUAGCCAUCACAAUUUGGCCCUUGUCAAACUCACUCAAAUCCUUACACUUGCCCAUUUUUCCUGCUUCUAAAACAUCAACUUUGAUGACAAAAUGUUCACUUGCUGCCUAAUAUAUCCCACCCACUAGGUGCCGUGAUGAAAAGAUAAUCAGUGUUAUUCACUUCACCUCUUAGUGGUCAUAAUGUUAUGCCUGAUCAGUGUAUAUUCAGGGUUCACCAUUCUAGGGAACUCACGUAAACAGAAGCACAUGUUAUCACCUCAGGGAGGGGAAAGACACUGUGUGCAAGCGUUACAGCCAUAUCACCCUGUAGCCCAAGACUGGUUGCCCACUGAAGCUAAACCUGGUUAGUACCUGGAUGGGAAACCUCCUGGGAAAACUAGGUUGCUGCUGGAAGAGGUGUUAGUGAGGCCAGCAGAGGGUGCUCACCCUGUGGUUUGUGUGGGUCCUAACACCCCAGUACAGUGAUGGGGACACUAUACUGUCAAAAAGCACCGUCAUUCGGAUGAGACGUUAAACCGAGGUCCUGACUCUCCGUGGUCAUUAAAAAUCCCAGGAUGUCCUUCGAAAAAAAGUAGGGGUUUACUCCGGCAUUCUGGCCCAAUUAGUCCAUUGGCCUCAGUCCUUCAUGGCCUCCUAAUCAUCCCCAUACACUGAUUGGCUUCAUCACUCUGUCUCUUUUCCACCAAUAAGCUGGUGUAUGGUCAGCGUUCUCGCACAAUAUGGCUACUGUCACAUCAUCCAGGUGGAUGCUGCACAUUGAUGGUGGUUGAGGAGAUGCCCCCCCUUCCAUGUAAAGUGCUUUGAGUUCUAAGAAAAGCGCUAUAUAAAUGUAUCGAAUUAUUAUUAUUAUUAUUAUUAUUAUUACUAUUAUAUGCCCGACCAGUUGCCCACAGUUUUACCUGGGCUAGACGGUGUGUCUGAGGUAUCUGAGCACUAGGUCCCUGUGUGCACACAACAGAUCUCAAGAGCUAGAAUGAGCCAGCCAUUGAGAUAUUUGAGAAAGCGAAUACCCACUUCCCUUAAUGGGGCAAGGGCAGCUUCCACGACUUUCAUAAAGAUGAAAGGUGACAGGGACUGCCAGAAGGGAGGACCUGGUACUGAUAUGCCUGACCCUCGAAAGCAAAUCGAAGGAAAGGUCUGUGUCGAGGUAGAAUCAAGACAUGGAAGUAUGUGUCCUUCAGGUCUAUUGCUGCUAGGCCCUCCAGCACAAAUUUGUGAUCACCUCAGCCCCCUUUAAAACUAAUAUGAAAACAGCGACAGGCUUCAGCUCCUCCCCGUCUUGUCUGCUUUAUUCAGCAAGUUCUUCAGUCUGUAGCAGCGCAGUGUCAGAAGCAGAGAUAUGUGCAUAAUGUGAUGCGGGAGCAAUACAACAUGGUUUCCCAUCCACUGUAAAGUGCUGCAUUCUCCCCCUUUCACACUUCUAUGGAAAAUUUCUGCCAUUGGAAUAAAAAAAUAAUAAAAGAUAAUUGUGACUUUUUACAAUUUUCACAAUUCUGACUUUUUUUAAUUACAAUUGUGCGUUUACAUAUCGCAAUUCUGACUUUUUCUCAGAAAUGAGUGAUAAAAAAUAGUCAGAAUUGCAACUUUAUAUCACAAUUUUGAGAAAAAAAGGCAGAAUUGUGAGAUGUAAAGUCACAAUUGCGAGAAAAAAUCAGAAUUGUUAGAUAAAAAGCCGCAAUUACCUUUUUUAUUUUUUAUUCACUGGCGGAAACAAGCAUACAGUACAGUUGUUUUCCUCCAGUGAAAAUGGAACGAGAAGACAUACUUUAGAAAAUGUUAUUUUCAUUUGACAUUAUUGUGGGUGUGGCAUUAGAUUGGCAUGAAUAUGACAUUGACAUAGAUUGAAAACAUGAUCAAAAACACAAUCACACUGUAAACAUCAUUUGAACUGAAAAUUUGAGUUGAUGCAAAGAAAGAGAUUUAUUAGUUUAGUUUAUUCAACAGAAUGUCAAAAUAGUAUGUUAUGUGAACAACAUAAGCUGAUUUGACAAGUUUUGUGAAAAGUUGUGAUAACAAAUCAAAAAUAAUUUUUUACAGCGCAGUGCCUGUGACCGACAGCACUCUGAAUGACAGAGACAAAGAAACACCAUGUGGAGUUAUUUCGUUCUACUAAAUAUUGACCAAGCAGCUGAUUGUGACAUUUAUAGCCCUAGAGUAAAGGCAUUUGUGGUUUUUGAUGUCACUUUGAAUUAUAGACAUGGCAAGUUGUGUUGUUGUUUUUUUUAUUUUUUAAUAGAAAACAAAAAAGGAAUGGUUUAAUAUAGGACAGAUUAAACAUACUUCCAAUCUAGACAAUUACUAUAAGGUUUGUCUAUAUUUGUAAUGCCAUGCCAGCAGAGGGAGCCCUCACCUGAAUUCUGACUGUGUGCUGCUCCCUCUACGUUUCAAGCAUGGCAUGACCAAACAGGCCUUGCGAAGUAUUGCCAGCUCCACUGCCUUACAGAAUGUUCUGUAUCCAUUGUCUGUUUACCUUGUGUGUGACCAUUUGCCUGAUUAGUGUUUGUUGUAUUACCCCUUUGACUUGGCUGCCUGUUUGCAUUGUUUAUUGACUUCUGCCCUUGGAUUAUCCCUUUGCCUGUUUGCCUAUUGGACUGUGGUUUUUACUGUGGUUUUGACCCUUUGCCUGGCUUCACAAUCCUUUUUUUGGACUGUUCUUAUUAAACUUCAGCACAUGGAUUCUAACAUGGCUUCAGCAUCCUCAUUACAAUAUUCUAAAUGAAUAUUAAUGAAUAUGGUUAGCUAUGGAUAUGGUUAGCUAAAAUGAUUUGAAAUAAAAUAAAUAUUCAGGGGGUUGACUUGAUCGGUAGUGUAGAACCUACUGAAUGUAUUGUUCCUGCAUAUCCUAGAAUACAUACAAUAUAUUAAAGUGCCCUUAUUAUGGAUUUUUUAAAAAUUACCUUUCAUGUAGUGUGUAACACAGCUCUAAGUGAAUGAAAACAUCCUGCAAAGUUUUAAAUCUGAAAGUGCACCAUAUAUAAAGUUGUCUUUCAAAAGUAAGAGUUGACUCUGAGUCAAUUAAACAAGUCGUUUGUAAAAUGAAUCCCAAUCCGUUUCGUUGUGAUGUCAAGAUGAAACAAUAGCAUAUUGCCCGCCCACUUAUUGCGCACACAGACACCUGGGACAAUUCAUUUUUUCAAGAACACCACAGCAGUAAAAUCUUUUGUAGUGUUCCCGUCAUUUUAUUGCUUCUCAAACCUCAAGGAGUUAAACGCAUGAUUCACAAAACGCGUGGCCUUAAAAUAUGGAUCAAUGCCCAGUUUAUUUGGACCAGCUUGCUCCUCUGAAUCUCAACCUGUAAGUAUGAUUAAUAACUGUUUAUAUUUUCUAGCGAUCGUUCAAAAUUCGUAGUUUUGUAUGUUAUGUUUUGUAACGUACACCCUAGUCUGUAUGUCUCCUGCUAACCGGCUAACUCACGUUUCUGUAGUUCUGCUAUUCAGAUGUGGGUCCAGUAUUGUCUAAAAAUUUGUCGAUUAAUUCAGCUUGUCUAUCUUAUUACUUGGGGUAAUGAUCAAGGAUGGAGCACGACUUUUGUUUACAAAGUAUAAUGCAUUAUCAGCUAUUCAUGUUUGUGCUCGGCUAACAUGGGAGUUUACAACAUAGCUGUGGGCCCGGUUCACUUACAUAGCUGUAAAACAAACUGUUUUUUUUCCUCUGCAUUUUUAUUAUUACGAUAGAGUGGAGCUCUAUCUGUAUUGUAAUAGGAUGUUAAGAUGCAUUGUAAUGACAAACAAUGAUCUAGCCAUUUUUUACUUUGUUAAUAGUUAUGGCGAAAAAGUCUGUGUACACAUCUGGCCUAAUCUUUUGUUUAGAGGUUUUCAGCUUUGCUUGGCAUUCUGUGCACAUACAUAAAGUAUAACAGUGACGCUGCUAUCACAUCUUAGAAAUAACGCAAACUAAGGUGACACUUACCAUAAAGAAACGUCCUGCUCCAGUCAGUUUCUGGUUGAUCGACUAUUUCAGACGUUUCAUCAUCGGACUGUAUGAUUGUAUACAAUGUCUUGCAAAUUGAUAGCUGUCAUUCAGUUAUGGCAAUGGGCAUUUCGUUUCCGGCACGCGGUUGGCGCGGUAGACCAAUCACAAAGGAUUGGGCCAUCUGACCAAUCAGAGCAGUGUAGGCUCACGGAAAGGAGGGGUUUAGAGAGACUGAUUCUUCAAACUGCUUCUAACGAAUCGUUUACAAAUCAUACAUAAUAUUGUAAAAAAAAAAAAAAAAAAAAAAAAAAAAAACAGGGUCAGUGAUGGUAAAGUUGCAGUUUUCUUCUGAGUUGGAAUAAAGACAUUACAGUCUGACUCUGUUGGGAGAGUUCACUUUCCCGGGCGGAGAGUGAAGACAUAGCAGGCUGUGGUCAAGGCCUGCAAGCAACCAUGGGCCCCAGUCUCCGUUUUUAGUGUAUCUCUGUGGCAGAAUUACAGCGCCACAUACUGGUCUGGCAUGUAUACUACAUCGUUUUGAGUCCAUUUCAGUGGUUUCGUGUGAAUGCAGAUAUUUCUUGAGACGGCGCCGUUUUUUACGGAAUUUUUUUUAGAAAAAAAAAAGAUCGGUAGGAAAAGCUCUGGCUUCGUGUGGACUUGGAGCAUGCGCAUAAACCUUGCGCGCUGUAUACAAACUUUAGUAAAGCUUAGUAAUGAAGAUUUACUUUAGUAAAGCUAAUAGGCUCAGUAGCUUCUGCGGCAUGAACACAAGUAUGUGGUCCGCCAUUGUUGUUGUUGUUGCUGUUUUGUGACGUAGUGGUGUCAAGACGUGGGGUGAUGACAUCAUAAUUUCACAAAAUAUACAGAUUGGCUAUACACACGAAAAUGCAAGGGUGCCAUUUUCAGAUUUAGAUUGGGACCCGGUUUCAAAAAUUAGCAGUUUCAGGCUCCCAAAAUGCCAGAUCCAUUUGGACGAAACAGCAAUAUGAAACAAAAUUUUUAUGUGUGUACGGGCUUCUUAUCUGAUGGUAGUCCUGGUGACUGAGGCCUUCUGCUCUAGUGGCUCUUUUCGGGGGAUGGUUCAUUACUAAGAGUGAGCUUUAAAGCUUAUUUGUUAAAUGUAACAAAUAAUUAUGUGUCUGAUUUGUCUCAGUCACUACAAUAUUAUUUAAAGUACAUUAUGACAAAUACUUGUUACAUAUACGUGCAACAUUUCAGCUAUAAAUAAAUUAUAAAUGUUAACUAGAUUAUGUUCAUUACCUGUCUAUGUAUAUUUAUGCUGAAAUAUAAUUAAAUAAUGCUUUGCAUUUAAAAAAAAAAACAUCUAUCAUGUGUCAUUAUGUGUAGUGAGUUGGCUCACAUGAUUUAUGUUUUGCGCUUCAGAUGUUAAGGGAACACAGUGAGCAUCGAUGCUGACUGGUUUUCAUUGUGCAUUGUGGGACUUAUUAGGGAGUGAACAUUUCAGUGCACUGAUAGGAUUUUGUGAUUGAGACAGCCUUUAAAAUGGCAGACUCCCUGAUCAGUGCCCUGACUACUGAAUUAGGGAGAUGAUUAAGACGCACCCUGUAAGUGGGGCAGAGUCGAAAGUGUGCAUGUGACAACUAUAUCAUCAUGAUUAUUUGAAUAGAAUGACUAAUUUGAAAAUAAAAUCAUUUAAAUUAUUUUGUUAAAUAUCACUUAGUGAGGCUCUCUUUUUGUGAAAUAGUGUCUGUGGCAAGGUCUUUGGGUCAAGUUAAACCACAGCGCCCUGCUGAAAAUCCAGCAUAAACCAGCACAAAUGCCUUGUUGGUCAAAGUUAGUGCUGGUAUAGUGCUGUUCUAGCUAAUGGACCAGCAUAGUCAUGCUGUUCUCAAGUAGAGAUGGUUUACCAGCAUGGUCUUUCUUGUUGGUAGGUGGUUAACCAAGAUGGGUGGAAUGUCUUCCUGGGUGGAGUGUGAAUAGGCCAGAUUUUUGUAUGCAAGCAUUAUUGUAAGAACAGGGUUACAUAAAAAAAAUAAGUAAAAUGUACAUUGGGCUCUUGCUGCUACUGAGGUGGGAUAUGGGUAAGAUUAGGAAUUCGGUGGUUAAGUCUGACGUCACGCGGCAGCGCUUCAGGGUCCAAACGCUCUAUCUCAUACAACAAGAAAACAACAAAUGGUGCUAAUAUACACACAUGAUGUGGUGUAAUACUACCAAAAAAUUAUAAUCAUAACCUUUAUCUCCAUACCAAAAUCCCAGAUGGCCAGACAGUAGCCACGUUUACAUGUACACUUUUUUGUCAUUCCGAUUGAAAGAUUCGGUGGAGUGUUUACAUGAGAUGUUAUCUAAUCCGAUAUGGUGUUUACAUGCACCGGCGCUUUCAAUCUGAAUGACUUUGUGACAUGCGCACAUUAGCUUAUGUCCUGUUUGCCGCCUUGUAUUCCUGUCAACAUGGAGUCCUGUUAUUUCUUAUGCGCGCUAUUUUUAUGUAAAGUGUUGCUCUUAAUCAAUCAACAGAGUGAAAUUUGUAGCAUAUUACUGCUGGAUGGUAUGAGGAAAAGACGGGAACAGGAAGCUGACCUGUUUGGUUGUUGUGCAUCUCUAAGUAGCAUCUCAAUACUACCCCUCCCUCCUCCGUAAAGCAGAAGCGUAUGGAUGAAGGUCCGUAGUAAUGAUUCAUUGAGUUCUUUCAGUGUAUUUAAUAAAUGUGUUGUUUCAGUUUUACUCCAGUUUAAUUUUGCCGCCGACAUUUUGCAUUCUGACGACCCCUGACCGCCUGAUGUGAUGACGUAGACGCAAAGUAAUCGGUUUAACUCGUUUACAUGGCAGACUUUUUAUUUUGUUCGGUUUAUAGAAAGGUUUAUCCCACCCCUCUCAAACCGAUUACAAUUUCAUUUGGUUUGGGCAUUUUUAUUCCGACUGAGGUGUUUAUAUGGAGCAUUUUCAUUCGGAUUGGACUUUUAAACCGAUUACAAUGCUCCAUGUAAACGUGGCUAGUGAUUCAUCUUAUAAAUCGUUAAUAUAUUAAUGUCUGUGACGCUUUGAGCACAGAGACUGUUGUGUAGACUGUAAGUAUUUUAAAUGUUUAACUUUAAAAUGAUAAAUGUUUAAUAUGAAUAAAUAGCGCUCAUAAACGGCCAUCAAAGUGAAACGAGCCGGGGCCUGGACCCAGAAACGGCAUUCCUUACGUCACGACUUAACAAGCGGAUAGGUUUGGUGGUAUGGGUAGGUUUAACGGUGGAUUAAGAGUUAGGGGAAGGGUCAACAGUGUAAUUACAGUAAUAAUAAUAAAGCUAACACUUUAUUUUAAGGGUCCAGAAUAAUGCAUUAGUUAAGCAUUAAUUAAUGAUUAACUUGUUCGCAAUUAAGCAUUGGUUAAGAACGAACACAUAAGUAAUUAAUGAUUAACUUCACAUUUUAAGGGUCCUGUAAUGAAAAUACAGUUGUUUAUUAUUCAUGUUAGUGCACAGUGCAUUAACUAAUGUUAACAAGAUUUUAAUAAUGUAUUAGUAUAUAUUGAAAUUAACAUUAACAAAGAUUAAUAAAUGCUUAUUAGUGCAGUUCAUUAUUAGUUUAUGUCAACUAAUGUAGUUAACUAAUGUUAACUAAUGAACCUUAUUGUAAAGUGAUACCAACAUUUGAAAGAUACACAUUUAUGCUAUAAAUAAACAAAAAUAACCUAGUAAUUAAUGAUUAAUUGAAUGUACAGUAAACGCCUUUUAGUCAUUAACUUAAUAAGCCAUAUAUUAUUUUUGUGUAGUGAUGUAACUAUAUUUCUGUGCCAUUCUA